AUGAGGGCUAGAGUUCAUCAUUCUGUGGAUGGUUUGGGGGAUCAUCUGAUUAGAGACUGUAGGGUAGCAUCCCAAUCGGAUGAUGUAGAUAUUUCCCGCAUACAGGCUUUCGCUCAGACUACAGAGGACAUUUCCCGUCGGAUUCGUGAUACUCGCAGGGAUAGGGAGCAGAGUAGUUUCCCACCACAGAUGCAGGGCCAGCGGUUUGAUCGUUAUGUUCAGUCAGGACCGGGGCAGAGCUCAGGCCAGCCUGAGAGCCGUCGACAGGAGCAUUCCGCACAAAUGAGACAGUUUAUUCCUCCAUGUACUCAGUGCGGUAAGCUGCACACCGGGCAGUGUAGACAGGGUUUGAGUGCAUGUUAUAAUUGUGGGCAGACAGGACAUUUUAUUAGCCGGUUCCCGGGGUUAGGCAGAGGUGCACCAGCUCAGCCUUCAGGAUCCACAGCAGCCUCUUCACCCUCAGUCCGUGCUCCCCGACCAGGUCCACGGUCUACUCAGGGACGUGGUAGGGGGAGAGGUGGAGGAGAUACCUCAGGUUCUAGUGGUGACCAGAACCGCUUUUAUGCACUCACAGGCCGACAGGAUUCAGAGGCAUCCCCAGAUGUUGUCACAGCCAGUUGA